CGCUCACUCGCUCGUUUGCACGAGAGUGGGAGAGGGAGGGAGAGGGAAGGGAGGCCUCCUCCCUUCUCGUUCCUUCGUGUGUCGCGACCCCCGGCGACUGGACACACUGCGCCUUAUCCAGUUCUACCCGGAGCCGAGGCCACCGCGAGUGUUACUUUCGAGUCGGGUCGAGUUCGAGUCCUUCGUUGCGCGAUUCCUAACCCACCGCUUCACUUCUACACGACAUCACGAAAAAAUGGCGUCAGGAGUAACCGUGGCGGACGUCUGCAAGACGACGUACGAAGAAAUAAAGAAGGACAAAAAGCACCGAUACGUGAUCUUUUACAUUAAAGAUGAAAAACAGAUCGACGUGGAAGUCAUUGGACCUCGUGACGCGGCCUACGAUGCUUUCCUGGAAGACUUGCAGAAAGGUGGAAGUGGCGAAUGUCGUUAUGGUCUAUUCGACUUCGAAUAUACCCACCAGUGUCAGGGUACUUCCGAAGCUUCCAAAAAACAGAAACUCUUCUUGAUGUCGUGGUGUCCUGACACGGCCAAAGUUAAGAAGAAGAUGUUGUACUCGAGUUCGUUCGACGCUCUGAAGAAGUCCUUAGUAGGUGUGCAAAAGUAUAUACAGGCGACAGACCUUUCGGAGGCUUCCGAAGAAGCUGUCGAAGAAAAGCUUCGAGCUACCGACAGGAAUUAGGAGUAACUCCAGCGAAUCCAAAACUAUUGCUAUUAUUGAGAGAAAUCAAGCGAUAAAAGAAAAACACAAUCUCCCUUCCCUAAACAAAAACAAAACAUAAAAAAAAAGAAAAGAAAAGAAAAGAAAAAUAAGUCAACACCAAGCAGCAGCAGCAUCAGUAGCAGCACCAGCAGCAGCAUCAGCAGCAGCAACAGCAGCGGCAACAACAACAACAGUACAGUACAGUACAGUGCUCUUUAUUGUCGUCGAAUCGAAGAUUCACGUUUUUACAGAUUUUUCACUUUUAAGUGACGCCCAAAUGUCGUCGAAUGUUUGCGCUAAAACACGUACUGCUUAUUACGUGUGUUUUAGUCAUCGAGUGAAAGAGCGUAAAUAUUUAACAUAAACGAGAAUCUAAAUUCAAAACGAAAAAAGAAAAAGGAAUAAUAAUAUUAAAAAAAAAAGAAAAAAAAAAAAAGAAAAAAAUUCGCCCUUUUCGUACUACUGCGGACGGUUGUGUGAAUUUCUCUGAUAUGAUAAUAUUAAUAUUAUACUAUUAUAAUAAUAAUAAUUGUAAGGUAAUCGCUGUAAAAGAAUAAGAACAGUUUACAACCAACAGUCAACAACAAGCAGUAAGGAUGAAAGCAUUACAUUUUUGUCACAGGAUGUAUAAUGUUUAAAUUAAAUUCAUUUCAUAAUGA